AUGAGUUCCCUUCGGUUUCUCGAUCUCGUUAAGCCCUUCGUGCCAUUCCUCCCCGAGGUGCAGCAGCCCGAGACAAAGAUCCCCUUCAACCAGAAGAUGAUGUGGACGGGCUUGACGCUCCUCAUCUUCUUGGUCAUGAGCCAGAUGCCGCUCUACGGCAUUGUCUCGUCAGACUCGUCGGAUCCGCUAUAUUGGCUGCGCAUGAUGAUGGCAAGUAACCGGGGAACUUUGAUGGAGCUCGGUAUCACUCCCAUCAUUUCGUCGGGCAUGGUCUUCCAACUCCUCGCCGGUACCCACAUGAUCGACGUUAAUCUCGAGCUCAAGUCGGACCGCGAGCUGUACCAGACGGCCCAGAAGCUUUUUGCGUUCAUUCUCGCUGUUGGCACUGCCACAGUCUACGUCUUCACUGGUCUCUACGGCCCUCCUAGUGACCUCGGCGCCGGCAUUGUCUUCCUGCUCAUCCUUCAGCUGGUUGUCGCCGGUAUGAUCGUCAUCCUCCUCGAUGAGCUCCUCCAGAAGGGCUAUGGUCUGGGCAGCGGUAUCUCACUUUUCAUCGCCACGAACAUCUGCGAGUCUAUCAUGUGGAAGGCUUUCUCCCCCACUUCGAUCAACACUGGCCGCGGCCCUGAGUACGAGGGUGCCGUCAUCGCCUUGUUCCACCUUCUCAUGACCUGGCCCAACAAGCAGAGGGCCCUUCAGGAGGCUUUCUAUCGCCAGAACCUACCCAAUAUCAUGAACUUGCUGGCUACGCUCGUCGUCUUUGCCGCUGUUAUCUACCUGCAGGGCUUCCGUGUCGAGAUCCCUGUCAAGUCGUCGCGUCAGCGCGGUGCUCGCGGCUCCUACCCCGUCCGUCUGUUCUACACGUCCAACAUGCCAAUCAUGCUGCAGUCAGCACUCUCGUCCAACAUUUUCCUGAUCAGCCAGAUGCUCUACUCCCGCUUCUCCGAGAACCUCUUGGUCCGCCUCUUUGGUGUUUGGGAGGCUAAGGAUGGGUCGUCCCAACUGUCUGCUGUUUCCGGACUUGUCUACUAUAUGUCGCCUCCUCUCAACUUCAAGGACGCCAUGCUCGACCCAAUUCACACCGCCGUCUACAUCGCCUACAUGCUUACUGCCUGCGCCGUUUUCUCCAAAACCUGGAUUGAGGUGUCGGGCUCUAGCCCUCGCGACGUCGCCAAGCAGCUCAAAGAUCAGGGACUGGUCAUGGCCGGCCACCGUGAGCAGAGCAUGUACAAGGAGCUGAAGCGCAUCAUCCCCACAGCUGCUGCCUUUGGCGGUGCCUGCAUCGGUGCACUCUCUGUCGCCAGUGACCUGAUGGGCGCGCUCGGUUCUGGAACUGGAACCCUCCUCGCUGUUACAAUCAUCUAUGGCUACUUUGAGAUUGCUGCCAAGGAGGGGGAUCUCGCUGGCAUGAAAGGCAUGAUCAUGGGCUAA